AUGCGCUCUGCUGUGCUUGAAAGUUUUAUAGCGAUCCUAAAAGGCAUUGUACUUGCUAUCAUCUACACGAGUUUCGAGUCCGAUACGCGUCGCCCUACGUGCACACUCACCGAUCGAUCGGCAAUUCGGAUCGCCGGGCGGGUUCCGCGCGUCCAGAGCCCAGACGAACGCUAUCUCGGCGACAUUUACAUCAGUCCGGCGUACGUCACACGCCAGUGCAGCGACGCGCAGCUCCAGGAGGUCACGACGCUGGCAGACCGACUGCCUGUGCUGGUGGCACACGGUCUUUGUCACUUGAUGGGAUACGACCACGAACGCGACGACGACUACGAGCAGAUGCAAAAGGCCGAGACCUAUCUCCUUCGCCACUACCCACAGUUCCUUCCACGUGCAUUUGCGCCUGCACCUCCAGCUACAGCUCCAGACGUGGUAUAA